CGUUAAGUACAGCGUUAGACCGUUUGCGUUGACCAACAUCAACGCGAUGCUACGUCGACGAUGAAGAGCGGCUCUUGUUCUGAAAGCGUUGCCCGGAAAUCGCGUAGUUCACGCUGGCGUCUUGGCCACCGCUGCAUAGGACCCAAUUGCCUGUACGCCGCGCCGCUGGAGCACCGUCUGGUGUGUGUCUGAGCUAAAAACAGAUGCGGGGGCUUCGCCGGAGGACACACAUGUCGAGCGAACCGCGGACAUCGUGUCCGGCAUGAAAGCGGCGGGUCCCCGCCGGACCAUGGGGCCGACGGGGCUGCUGCUCGGGCUGCUGUGGUUCCGCGCCGCUCUGCUCGCUGCAGCAGGCUGCAGCGAGCGAGCGGAGGUCCACACCGAGCGGAGGGGUGUGAUCUACAGCCCCUCGUGGCCUUUGAACUACCCCGCCAGGGUCAACUGCAGCUGGCACAUCCAGGGAGGCCAGGGAGAGGUGAUCACCAUCAGUUUCCGUAACUUUGACGUGGCGGAGUCUGCGAGUUGUUCGGGGGACUUUCUCCUGCUGACGCCCACGAGGAACGGGGAGUCCAGGCUGUGCGGCUCCACGCUGCCGCCGCCCUUUAUCUCCACCAGGGGGCGCGUUUGGCUGUAUUUCCACUCCCGGGCCAACAGCUCCGGGCAGGCGCAGGGCUUCCGUCUCUCCUACAUCAGAGGUCACCUGGGUCAGAGCAGCUGUCAGUCGGACGAAUUCCUGUGUGGGAACGGCAAGUGUCUUCCUCGCUCCUGGAAGUGCAACAGCCAGGACGAGUGCGGCGACGGCACGGACGAACGCGGAUGCUCCCCCCCUCCCACCGAGGCCCGUCCCGGCCUUUGCCCCCUGGGCUCCCUGCCGUGCACCGAGGCCCAGUCCACCCGCUGCCUGCCGGCCGCCCUGCGCUGCAACGGCGCCCGCGACUGUGCCGACGGCACCGACGAGCUGGGCUGCCCCGACACCGCCUGCGGCAGGCGCCUGGGCAACUUCUACGGCUCCUUUGCUUCCCCGGAUUUCUUCCGAGCCAACAGGAGCGCUGCGGCGGAGCUGAGGUGCUCGUGGUCGCUGGACACCCAGGACCCCAAGCCCAUCGUCCUGCAGCUGGACCUGCAGCUGGGGCCCGGAGACUCGCUGCGUGUCUACGACGGGCUGCAGCAGCGAGCGGAGCACCUCCUGCAGGUGCUGUCGUACCAUAACAACAGGCGCCCGGCGCUGCUCGAGUCCAGCCGCGGGCAGAUGAGCGUGUUGUACACGGCCCAGCCUCGCAGCCCGGGGCACGGCUUCAACGCCACGUACCAGGUCAAAGGUUACUGUUUCCCCGGCGAGCGCCCCUGUGGCAGCGAUCAGGGCUGCUACUCGGAACGCCAGCGCUGCGACGGCUACUGGCACUGCCCGUCCGGCCGCGACGAGGAGGCCUGCCCGGCCUGCCCGGACGGGGAGUUCCCCUGCGAGGGCGGCGCCGGCGCGUGCUACCCGGCCUCCGAGCGCUGCAACAACCAGAAGAGGUGCCCGGAUGGCUCGGACGAGAAGAACUGCUACGACUGCCAACCCGGCAACUUCCACUGCGGGACCAACCUGUGCAUCUUUGAGACGUGGCGCUGCGACGGCCAGGAGGACUGCCUGGACGGCAGCGACGAGAGGGACUGCUUGGCGGCGGUGCCCAGGAAGGUGAUCACGGCCGCCCUGAUCGGCAGCCUGGUCUGCAGCCUCCUGCUGGUCAUCGCCCUCGGCUGUGCCCUCAAGCUCCACUCCCUCAGAAGCAGAGAGUACAGAGCUUUUGAGACUCAGAUGACUCGCAUGGAGGCCGAGUUUGUCCAGAGGGAAGCCCCCCCUUCGUAUGGUCAGUUAAUCGCCCAGGGUCUAAUCCCUCCGGUGGAUGAUUUCCCGGUGUACAAUCCGACUCAGGCCUCCGUGUUACAGAACCUGCGGCUGGCGAUGCGCCGGCAGAUCAGACGUCACUCCACACGGCGCUCCACCUCCUCCACUUCCUCCUCGUCCUCCUCCUCCUCUCGCCGCCGCCUCGGGCAUCUGUGGAGCCGCCUGCUCCACGGGGCGGCGCGGGCCAGGGGUCAAGUCCCUCUGCUCGACUCCCCCGGACCCGCGCAGAUCGCCCUGGGGCUCCACAGCUACCGAACCGUGGGUGCUCGGGGGCCCCCGGCGGGGGCGAGGUCCGGAGCUGUGCUCGGGGAGGAGGGCUACGUAGCGGGGAGGCGGGGCUUGUGCUUCUCAGCCACCGCAGACCUGCAGUCCUGCACGUCAGAAAGCCCCGCCUCCCCGCUCUCCUCGCUGUCAGCGGACAGCCCAGAGGGGGCGGGGCUGCCGCGCGUCAGCAGGCCGACGCAGUCUGAGCCCGCCACCCCGGUUCAGAGUGACUUUUCGGAACGUAGCGCACCCCGUCCCACUCCCCAGGAAGCCCUCGUACCCCCGUGCCCCACGAGGACAUCGAGGAAACUGGUCCUGGAGCUCGCCGUUAACCUAAACGGGGUUUCCUUGAGACGUUACUCCUCCUUGGGGCCGCUGUCACCCAUCUCACCCCCGGUGUUUGCCAGCAGCUCCCAGACCCCCACAACCCUACCGCACUAUUGGGGCGAGGUGACUUCGCCCUCUGAGCCCUCGAAAGCAGAGGUCAGCAACGGCCACUUCGCCGUGGAAGGACCGAGCAGGGCGAUGAGACGCAGGGAAGAGCGGAGGAGUGAAGGCAAGAAGAGGCUCUCCAGGUUCACCCUCAGUGACGAGGGAGGAGAUUCAGGGAGGGAGACAACGCCAUGCUGAAGAGUUUAGGAAGAUACUCUGCUGAGAUCAGCAAUAUUUGCUCUGCUGAAGUGUCCUUGAAAUGCGUCCCCAUCAGGUCCAGAGGUGAGAGCCGUCCCUCCACACGGAGCAGUAGAAUAUAAAAGUAGCUCAUUUCCGUUCAAGAGGAAGGAAACCAGCGUAGGUUGUGCUUAUUGUCUCCGUUAUACAGCAAAUCUCCUCCCACAGUGAAACCUGCACAGGCCGGUUUGAAGGUAAACCCGCGAGGAGCCUUCACAGGUAAUCAAACGCAAUUCUGGCCACUAGUACCAAUGUAACAUUGGCAACGUGUUCUUAAAACGCCAAAGCAGCCUUUGUGUUGUUACCCAGAGCCAUUACGCACCGCUCAAUACUGUGAACCAUAAAAGCCUGCUAAGUGAUCGCAAAUGAAUUCCCCUGAUAAUGAUUAUCUAGUCUCAUUCCCACUUUAUUGAAUGAGGUGGUGUUAUUAUCACUAUCUGACAUUUUUAGAAGGUCAUGUUUGGCUGUCACAUCAAAGGAUAAAACUGGUGAUAUUUUAUAUUCAUGUUAUUGUCGAUGAAUUAUAUUAUAAGGCCCAAAACAACAAGAGUACGUCCACCUCCAAAUACAUUUGUCUUCAGCAGCCAGAUUAUAUGCUUUUCCAUUUAAAAGGCAAAAACCUAUUUGUCCGAGUCAAAAUAAACCACAGUAUGGUUUUUGAGCAACCUGUCACCCAGUGAAACGAUGAGGCUCAUUGACAUAUUUUGAACCCUUUUUGAAUAACAAUGGCGCUUUAUGGCACAGGGAGGAGAAGGACACGUCAGACUACACAGACACAAUACGUAAGAUUAUUUUUGGGGGUCAUUUUUGACAGUCACGCUGUCACCAAGCCACUCCAGACACUACUUGUUAGUAGGGACACAAUGUUGUUGGUUUUGUUCUUUUCAUGGGGCUUGUUGACGGUUAGAAGAAUAUAAACACUAGUCUUACGUUUCAAACACAACUUUGAACCACAAACAUUGGAUUUUUUGUGAAAUACACCUAUUUGCUUUCUGGGCGAGAUAUCAUUACUACUUUCAUAUCUGUCUAAAACAGUGAUACACUAAGUUUAGGCACAAAAGCUGUAUAAGAGUGAACCCGCGAGUCUGAAGGCAGUAAAUAAGCUUCGGUGCUGAUAAGGUGCUGUUGUUCAACAUGUAACCUUCAGGCGGAUUUGGGGUACCUGUUUCCACCUGGCUUCACUUUGUGCUGAGCUAAGCUUUUUUUAAGGAUUCGGGUGAGUUAUCCCAUCUAACUCAAAUCAAAAGUUCCCCAAACAUGUUCAUACCAAACAUAUAUCGGUAUUUGUUCAACAUAUACUGAGCGUGUCCUCUGGUUUUGAGGUGUACUUCCCUUUCACACAACAUUUUCUUUAUUUUUCCAAGACGUAUCCAAUUGAUAUUUAAAAUCUUCAUUUUAACUUGGUUAUCUUUAGAUGUAGAAAGCCGAUAACCGGUGUAGUGAAUCCGUGUAUGCGGCGUGUAACUCUGCUCAGCCCCCCCCCCAACCCCCUUCAAGUCAAACCCCCACCGUCCAGCCCAGGACGCCUUGAAUGAACUCGACUGCGUCUGCUCUCAUUUCCAUUUGGUGCAUAGUGGAGAUUUUAUAUGAAUGUUGAAGUGUCGGCAAGAGAGGCUUCACUCUAUAAUAAGGAUGUGUUUUUUUCGAGUCCUCUUCCUCCCAGCGGUACCUCUGCAUUGCUGCUGACUGACUGAACGCUGGUCGCUGCAGACGCCCCCCUGACCGCUGGUUUAUUCCACUGGAAAUUCAUAUCUACUCUGCGGGAUUUUCUAUUACAGGAUGUUAAAACAAAGGCCUCUAUUUUUCAGUCUUCAGUGGAGACGGCUGUACCAGUCCUACUUCAUAUUUAUGUCUCUGUCUUGACGAACAGUGAACUGGAUUCAACCUGAUUGCCUGUGUUUCUAGUUUUCCUCUGAAGCGCAUCUCUGACGUGACCGCCCUAAAAACUAUUUACUAAUUACUGCUGGACUUCUAAAGAAUGUGUCACUUAUACUUUUCUUGAAACCACCCAAGCUACAAACAGCCACGCUGGGAUUUAUUUGUUAAUUAUUUCCUUAUCUCGAGGUAACAACGCUUGUUUUCUUGUGAUAAUGGGUAAUUCAUCUUUCAGAUUUUCUGUAAACCAAAAGGCAGAUCUCUGCAGUAAAAAUGAUGAGUAGCUCAAUCAGGCGUCGUAGUCGGAUGGAGAGGGAAAGGAAAACAAGCUGCUGCUGCAUGGGAACAGUAGUCGAAUCAGCACCAGAGGCCCGGACAGCUCCGCCCAGGCUUACCAGGGUUAAAUAAUGUCAAAGCGUGUUAAAUACUGCAAGCUUUAUACAAUUUAAGGAUAACUCAUCUGCAGUUAGCCUUAAAAGACUGAUCUGAAUGUAAUCUCCAAUAGAAAGACACAAUGCUUUAUUCUGCCUGUGUUGGAACUUGUGUGAAGUCUGUUUUAAAUAAUGAUCGCCACUAUUGAACUGAAAAAUUCAGCUAAAAUCAGCUGCUAGAGUUUUGGCAUGAGUGCAAACUGCCAUUGGUAAUCCUGAUCUCUGAUGAACAUUUUAAGUGACUUGUUUUCUCCUGAUAACCGGUUGAUUAUCUCAUUACCUCAAAUUAUGAAAGCUUGUUGUUCUUGAGAUAACAAAAUAGGCUACUUGUGAUCACGAGCUAGCGGCCGUCCUCGCCCGACACCAAUGGAUGUCUCCGUCUGUCCCUGCAGGAUGUUGAUACUGAUCAGAAGUCAGAUACGCGUGCAAGUAGUACUGCUGGUUUUAAGCUGCAGGGUCAGGUUUCUGUAUAAAUACGUGGUUUCUCCUGCUGAUUUUCCCUUUAAGUGAGCUGAACGCUUCAUGUUACACUCGUGUGCUUUCUUCUUAUAGAAGUUUUGUCAUGCCUGGCUGCUACGUGUCAUGUGCCAUUAGAGAUGUCUCCACAAGUAUUUCCUGCCUAAUGAUCUGCUUUUAUUUCAUUUCAAACAGUUUACUCAUUUCUUGCUUUACGUAUUUUGUGAUAUUUUCCUUGUUAUCUGGUUCAAAGCUUGUACGUCCUUAUUUAACUUAAAUAUAAUUACACAUCUGCAGAAUGUAUGUGCUUACUUGCUUUGUGGUGUGUUAAAAAUGCCCUUUUCCUUGCUGUUGUAAAUAUCAUGGACAGUUUAGUGGUCCAUAGUUGUGGUUUACCUGUUGGAAGAGAUUAGAUUUGUCUGUCUGGAUACAGCUUUGCGAUAUGACAUGUGAUUGGUAGACCCGCCUGCUCUGGAGUUAAAUAUACUACUGCAUCAGGAAUCUCUGGGAUUAUUAUGUCAGAGGAGUAAGGGAAGAUAUUCAAUAAGCUAAUUCCAGUGUAUUGAUCUGGUUUUUGAAACGGUAAUCUAUAAAGCGCUGAAUUCUUUGCUUCAAACUGCUGCUGGCCAAAUAUACAGAAUAUACGGUAAUGUUUUGUAUGUAAAGACCGAUCUUCUAUGGAUAAUAUUUUAUUAUAUCUGUCAGCCAAGAUGAAGUGUUUCUACCUUGUGUUCUACAGCGUUGUUAAUGUAGUGAUACACUGCUUGUAGAAGCCAAGUCAGGAUCUUUAUUUCCUCUGUGGCAUUUACUCACCAUAAGACAUUGUCCAUUAAGCCCAAUCACUGUAUUUUUCAAUGAUAUACACGGGAAAAUGCGCUGGAUUGAGACCACUAAAAAGUGAAGUACUUCUGAACCAGGUUGUCUGUCUCUCCUUGCUGUUAUUUUUUAAAGCUUCUUCUGGGUGAAAGGCUAAAGUUAUUGUGUAUUUGUUUUUCUUUUUGUUUGAAAGCAUUCCUCUUAUUUUAAGAAAUAUAUUUGUAUAUUUUGUCCUGAAAGACCUUGUGGGGGUUGCUUAUCAAAAACCCCAUUCAGCCUCGAGCUGAUUAUUCAUUGUUUUCCUGUACCUGCAAAUAAUAAAUGUCAAGCUCUUUA